AUGAAGCGCGACGAGGAACGUGCGCGCAAGAUGUGGAGGGACAUUGGUGUUGCAGCGAUGCAACACGGUCCGAACACUCUUCAUCAUCAUCAACCGACACCGAUGUACGGCGGUCCCGGCAACGGUACGGCCUCAACUCUACCCAGUAAUCCCCACUGGAAUCAACCGGGAUACCGGAAUUCCUACAGUCUGCCUCAUCCAACGUCUCAGAACGGUGUGAGUGAAAGGAAUGGUGGAGGCAGAGGCGUAGACGGUGGUGGCAACCGCUAUCAACACUACGACGUGAAGCCCCUCUCGCAGGCGCCCUCCUUUCCGGAGAUCUCGAGUGCCAGCUACAAUGGCAAUGGGUACCAUCAUCCGCACCACAACCAUCAUUCCCAUCACCUCCACCAGCAACAGCAGCCCCAUCAUCCGGCGGGCCAUCAUGGACUGAAGCCUCCGCGUCCCCUAUCGAUGUACGAGCUUAGCAACGGGCAUCACAAUGGAAGCAGCAGUAGUCCGCAGUUACACUCGCUACCACCGAACUUUGUGCCACACCAAACGCGUAAUGGCAGCGGACGGUCGCCACCUCCGUUGGUGAUCCACAACAACAGCCAGCAUGGUAUGGGACCGCGAUCACCUGUAGGUCACGCUAGUGAAGGCGUCGGUGGAGGUCGUGCUCUUUUACAGCAACCGGAAGAACUGAAAGUCGACCCGGAGCUUAUCUUCACAAAACAGGAGCGUAUCGGUAAAGGAUCCUUCGGUGAAGUAUUUAAGGGUGUUGACAACCGGACACAACAGGUGGUCGCAAUCAAGAUCAUCGAUCUCGAAGAAGCUGAAGAUGAAAUCGAGGACAUUCAGCAGGAAAUUAUGGUGCUAUCACAAUGUGACUCGCCGUUUGUCACCAAAUACUUCGGAUCAUAUCUUAAGGGUACCAAGCUAUGGAUCAUCAUGGAAUAUCUUGGAGGUGGAUCCGCCCUAGACCUUAUGAAAGCGGGUCUCUUCGAGGAGAUGCACAUCGCCAUCAUAUUGCGUGAAGUACUGAAAGGUCUGGACUAUCUACAUUCCGAGCGCAAACUACACAGAGACAUCAAGGCGGCGAACGUGUUGUUGAGCGAGCUGGGAGACGUAAAACUAGCUGACUUUGGUGUUGCUGGACAACUCACUAAUACCACUUCCAAACGGAAUACCUUCGUUGGGACACCCUUCUGGAUGGCACCGGAAGUGAUAAAGCAGUCCAUGUACGAUUCCAAAGCCGACAUCUGGUCGCUAGGUAUAACCGCAAUUGAGCUGGCGAAGGGGGAACCACCCAACUCCGAGCUACAUCCGAUGCGGGUAUUGUUUCUCAUCCCGAAGAAUAAUCCACCUCAGCUAACCGGUAGCUAUACGAAGCCAUUCAAAGAUUUUGUCGAAGCGUGCCUAAAUAAAGAUCCAGAAAAUAGACCAACGGCGAAGGAGCUGCUAAAGUUUCCUUUCAUUAAGAAGGCAAAGAAAAAUUCAUACCUAAUCGAUUUAAUCGAUCGGUACAAAAAAUGGAAGUCUCAAAAAGGCGAAGAAAGCGAAACGGAAUCGGAAAACUCGGAUUCUGAGGAUUCAAAACAGGAUAGUGAUCUCGAUGAACCGUGGAUAAUGACGGUGAAGGGAUUGAAUUUUAAUAACUUUAAUAAAAAUGUGAUGGAAGACCCGCUUGGAUCACCGGUAAAACACAAUGGUACUAGCAACGUCGGCGGAGUCAGCUCGAACCGUGAUAGGGAUUAUAAUUUGAAUCAGCAUAAAACAAGUCAGCCACGAACGUCCUCAUCGCCAUCGCAUCAGUCAUCUUCGACACUGAUUGCAGCCAACAAUGCCACCAACAACAGUAACACCAACCCAAUAAUAGUGGAUUCGCGUAAGGAGCGCGAGUUGCAAAAUCAAAUCUCUGCUCUGCAGCUGCAAAAGGAGAAGGAAGCGAGCUUAGAACGGCAACAGCGGGAUCAUCGGAUGGAGCGUGAUUCAGAAUGGGAAAAAGAUCGUGAAAAGGAACGGGAACGCGAGCGGGAUCGUGAGCGAGAACGUGACCGUGAACGGGAACGCGAUCGCGAGCGGGAGCGUGAUCGUGAACGGGAUCGGGAUCAUCGCGAGCGAAUAGAUCGCGACCAUCGAGAAAAGGAUCGUGAAAACAAAGAGCGAAAAAUCGUUGCCUCCGACAGCCUUGGCACCUCGGGCAAUGAAAACGAGAAGCGGAGCAGCAGUUUGCGACGCGAACGGGACUCUCCGAGCCACAACAAUACCGGCAGCAAUGGCAACUCGCGCACCAACAGUAUUACGAAUGUAAAUAAUAACUCCAGCAAAAGCUCGAGUCGAACGUCAGCGACGACAACUUCGACAAACAGUGGAUGCCUUAAGGCAAUUAUUUUCCCCCUUCUAUCUGAAAUGCAGCGAAAUUACAACAGUGGUUCCGAUAUGGGAGACCUACGGCUAGCCUUCGAGAGUGCCGAACGGAGUAGUCCGGGCGUGAGUGAUCUGUUUGUGAAGGAAAUCAUCCACAAGCUCGUGCCCGGUUUCUCCGAGACGCGAAUCAAUACGCUUAUAGACAAAGUGACACGCCGAGCUUCCGGUAACUCUUCCAAGAUGACGGUACUUUACUAG